GGCUGGCAGGGACUGGCAGCAUUGUACAGCAAGCUCAUCGCAACAACAGAUUCAAUUUGUUGAAGAAGGAGAGGAAGGAGGAGGAGGAGGUGGAGGUGGAGGUGGAGGUGGAGGUGGAGGUGGUUGAUAAGGUGGGAUCAUGGCAAAUUUAUUGUCCAAUCGCAUAGCAGAGACUGAUCUGAUUGCUGGCGAUCAUAUCUACUCAUGGAGGAAGGGAUAUACAUAUGCUCAUCAUGGGAUUUUUGUUGGAGAUGGGCAAGUAAUCCAUUUUACCAAUGGGGAUGAGGAGGCGGCAUUCGGCAGCUCGUGGUCUUCUCCCUUUUCAGGGAUAUCUGGAAGUGCAAUGGCAGCUCAGCCUGUGGCAGAGUAUGAGGAAUGCCCAGCCUGCAGGGAAGCUUUCAGCUCAGGAAUCAAGGAAGGGAACAGCGUAAUCAAGACGUGUUUGUCUUGCUUUCUAAAAGGUGGAAACUUGUAUAGAUGCCAGUAUGGGGUCAACCCGGCGUUUUUCUUAGCGAAUGUGAGAGGGGGCACGUGCACCAUGGCUGCCACAGAUAGUCCUGAGGAAGUCGUGCAACGAGCGAGGUAUCUUUUGGAACAUGGAUUUGGGGAUUACAAUCUGAUGAACCGCAACUGCGAAGAUUUUGCUAUCUAUUGCAAAACUGGCUUGCAGGCGAGCUCAGGGGUGGGUAUUAGCGGGCAGGCGAGUUAUGCGGCUACCACAGCAAAGGCCUUGGACCAAGGCACCAGCAGCAUUUUGACUUCCGGAUUCUCAAUACCGGUGGCCCUUACCCUAGGGGUUUGUAAAGGCUUCGCAUUGUACCUCAUGGACCGUUAUGCGUCUGAUCCUGGGGCUCGUAAGGAUGUCAACAGAGUGGAUCCGGAAGAGUUGGUGAGCCAGCUAAGACGAAGGAAGGGAAGACCAUCCACAGCUGCAGAGCCACAGACCACCAGUUAGUCAGCAGGCUAUAUAGUAUUACAGGGGUUGCACAUUAGAAAAAAAGAAGAAGGAAAAAAAGAAAAGGGGCUCUAAACUACACAUGUCUGUACAAGGAGUGGUCUGUACACUACGUGUCCGUAGCGCGCAUAAGCCCACACUGACAGACCUGAGGUACAGAUUAGACAUCUGAAUAAAGGUUACGGCUUUCU